AUGGACUGGGGAAUUGAAGCUAAGGUCCACACGAUAUCAGUGGAUAAUGCUUCAAGCAAUGAUGUUGCAGUAAAAGUGUUGAAAGAUAAUUUCCAAGCUACGGGGAAGCUCAUAUGUGGGGGCAAGAUGUUUCAUGUGAGGUGUUGUGCACAUAUCUUGAACCUGGUUCUUCAAAAUGGUCUUUAUCAGAUUAGACACAUUAUUGAGGACAUCCAUGAUACCAUGGCGUUUAUCAAUUCAUCGGAGAGUAGACUAAAGGUGUUUGCAGAGAUUGUUCAGCAGCGCCGAUUGCCAUUUCGCAAGCUUAUUCUUGAUUGCAAAAUGCGAUGGAAUUCAACAUAUGAUAUGUUGACAACGGCAAUGAAAUUUUGGCGUGUUUUCCCUUGUUUGAAGGAGAGGGAUUUGAGUUAUCAUUAUUGUCCCAAGGAGGAGGAUUGGGACAAAGUUGAGAAAAUUUGUUCUAUUUUGAAGGUGUUUAGUAGUGCGUCGAAUUUGAUAUCGGGGAGUGAUUAUCUGACAUCAAGCUUGUUUCUAAAACAAGUUUGUACAAUAAAAAUUAUGUUGGAUAGUAAGAGUCAGGAUGGAGAUGUGUUUAUACAGACCAUGAUUUGGAAAAUGAAAGAAAAGUUUGACAAAUAUUGGGGAGAAUGUAAUCUAUUGAUGGGUGUGGCUGCUAUUUUGGACCCUAGACUGAAGAUGAGGGUAAUUGAAUGGGCGUUCCCUAAGAUGUAUCCUCAGCCUGAAUCGCGGGCAAAUAUGGAUGUUGUUCGAGAUGCCUUGUAUGAGGUAUAUAGGGAGUAUGUUGAUGCCAGUAAAGCAUUGACAACUGCCCGCGCUUUUGCAUCUACAGCGGGUGCAUUUCAGGAGGUUGGUAAGGGGUCAGGGGCAACGACAAAGAUGGCGGAUGAUUAG